AUGCCUAAAGAAUCUACUCCGACAAAUCUCCCUUCAGAGGAGUCUUUUCUCUCACAGCCUAACUCCGAUGCCCAGGGCCAACUCACUGCGGCUGUCGACGAGCUCCUCGACCAACUUCAGAGCAAGUUUGAUAAUGUCUCCAAGGAGAUGUUUGGCAAGUUGGACGACAUGACCCGCCGCUUAGAUGACUUGGAGGCUUCUCUGUCUGCAGCGGGGAACGACACGGCCUCAGCGACAACUGCAAAGUGA